AUGGUAGUAAUUACUCGUGCUGCAGCAAAACGACAACAACAAUCAUCUAAUGCAGAUAGUAUUGUUUUACAUCGUAAUAUAAUUAAAAAAAAACGGAAGAAACAAGUAGCUGGUCAACAUGCAUCAUCAUGUAUUAGUUCAUCAUCACCAUUACAAUCAAAUGCAAUAACAUCAACAUCAUGUACUUUUACAUUAUCAGCAUUUAAUACACCAAAUUCAAAUGAAUGUUUAAUUAACACACCAAUAACAACAACAGCAUCUUCAUCAAGAUUUGAAUUAUGUGAUCAUCAAAAUCAAAAUGAUGUUAUUGGUAUUAAUGAUAGCAAUCAAUUCAUUAGUUUACCAUCAAUGGAAUUAAAUCAAACGGAUAAUAAUCAACAAGAUCAAAUACAUGAUGUUGAAGAUAAUGAUGAAUCAGAUACAAAAACAUCAUGGCCAAUUAUCGUUGGUGAAAUUCAAUGGUGUAAAACAAAUCGUGGAAAUGAUCGCAUGUGUAUGUGUGGAUAUACUUAUGAUUUUAUGUCACAAACAUUAAAAAAAAAUAUUCGUUAUUUUCGUUGUUCCAAAAAAAAUAUCGGUUGUAAUGCUGUUGUUCGAAUAUGUAUUGAUUCCAACAUGUAUAAAGAUUCAAAUAAUGUUGAACACAAUCAUCCACCAGAUCAUCAUAAUGUUAAACGUUUAUUAGUAUUACAGAAAAUCAAAGAAAGAGUAAUGGUGGAACCAACUUCUGUUACUCGUAUUAUAGAAGAUGAAUAUGUAAAACAUCAUUUGAACGAUGGUGAUCGAGAAAAAUUUUUAUUACCAGCAUCACAAGCUUCAAAGUUUUACAAAAUUCGUGCAAAAAUGGUACCAUCUAAUCCCAAAUCAAUGAAUUUUAAAGUUCCACAAUUGUAUUCAACAACCCACGAUGAUGAUGAAUUUUUAAUUUAUGAUUCCAUACAUAAAAAAAUUGGUGGUAGAUUAAUGAUAUUUUCUACUGAAGUAUUAAUUAAAAUAUUAUGUAGUUGUGAAAUUAUAUUUGUUGAUGGCACGUUUAAAACACGUCCUAUUAUGUUCUCUCAAGUUUAUGUGAUAAUGGGAAUGCAUCUAGCAGAAGCUAUUCCUUUGGUAUGGUGUCUUACACCAAAACGAGAGGAAGAAGUUUAUGAAAAAAUUUUCAAAGUUUUAAAAAGAAAAUCAAUUGAAUAUGGUGUUAAACUUGAACCGAAAUAUGCUUAUGCAGAUUUUGAAAGUGGUACCAUCAAUGCGUUGGAAAAAGUAUUUCCUGAUAUUAUUGUUCGUGGUUGUUGGUAUCACUUUACUCAGUCGGUCUUUCGAAAUAUUCAAAAAAUGGGAUUAUCAACUGUAUAUGAAAAAAACAAAGAAGUGAACAUAUGGUUGAAGAGUUUCAUGGCAUUACCAUUAAUAAAGAAUGAUAUACUUGAUGCUGCCGUUGAAUUAUUAAUUAAAAACGUACCAUCUUCUGAUAAAUCAUUAAUUGAUUUUUAUGAAUAUUUUCAACGUCAAUGGUUUACACGUAAACCACCGAGAUAUUGGAGUUUAGGUCCAAUACAUAUUCGAUGCAACAAUAGUCUAGAAGGUUAUAAUAAUCGACUCAAAUAUCGUUUUGGCAUUCAUCCACAACUAUGGCCAUUUAUUCAUUUCCUGAAGGCUGAAGAAUCAUUGGUAAUGAUGCGAGCAACACAGAUAAGAAAUGGUAUUUAUCGUUAUAAAACAAUGCCAUUCUCGGCUAACAAUGAACGUUUAAGAAAAAAAACAAAACAACUUAAAAAUUUAUCCCGGUUAUUUCAACUUGGUUCAAUAAGUUUAAAUCGAUAUAUAACAAAUUUAUCGACAUUUGUUGGUGAAGCAGCAAAAAAAAAGAAAAAAAACAAUAAUGAUAUUCAUCAUGCUACUAUUGAUGAUAGUCGUAUUGAUGAUGAUAACAUUUAG